AUGGCUGAGAGGGAGGGAGCCGUGGUGAAGAAGGGUCACGAGGAGGGCCUGAAGAUGGCCACGUCGCUGCUGGAGGAGUUCGGGCUUCCCCUGGGCCUGCUGCCGUUGGCCGAGGUGAUCGAGGUCGGCUUCGUGCGCGCCACCGGCUACAUGUGGAUCUCGCAGAAGAAGAAGGUGGAGCACAAGUUCAAGCUGGUGAGCAAGCAGGUGAGCUACGACGUGGAGAUCACCGGGUACGUCAAGGUCAAGAGCAUCAAGAAGCUCAAGGGCGUCAAGGCCAAGGAGCUCAUGCUGUGGCCGCCGGUCAACGAGAUCAACGUCGACGACCCGCCCACCGGCAAGAUCGUCUUCAAGAGCCUCGCCGGCGUCACCAAGACCUUCCCCGUCGAGGCCUUCGCCGCCGGCCAGUAG